AUGGAGGAGAUCGAGCCAACUUCUUUUGAAGAAACAAAAGAUGUUAAAAAAUGGCAAGCAGUAAUGAAAGAUGAAAUGAAGGCAUUGGAGCAUAAUGAGACUAGGGAGCUCAUACCAAAGCCUGCAGGAGUAAUGCCCAUUUCUUGUAAGUGGGUUUACAAAAUAAAAAGAAGGGCAGAUGGCUCAGUUGAUAGAUAUAAGGCUCGACUAGUCGUGAGAGGAUUUUCACAACAGUAUAACAUUGACUUUGAAGAAACUUUUAGUCCUGUUGCAAAAAAUACAUCUCCUGAAGGAUUCAAAUCUCCAAACAAGCCAGACUACGUCUGCAAGCUAAGAAAAGAACUUUAUGGAUUGAAGCAAGCACCCAGAGCAUGGUACGGGAAAAUUGCUGAAUUUUUGGUGUUUAGUGGAUUUCAAGUCGCCUCAGCAGAUUCAAGUCUCUUUCUUAAGACCAGAGGUACGAAGCUUACUAUUUUGUUAAUUUAUGUUGAUGAUUUAAUUAUCACUGGAUAUGACAAUGAAGAAAUUAAUAUCAUUCGUGAAUAUGUCACGGUGAGAUUUGAAAUGAAAGAGCUGGGAGAGUUACGACACUUCCUUAGAUUGGAAAUUGGUUUCGAAUCUAAAGGAUUAUUCUUAAGUGAAAAGAAGUAUGCUCAUGACUUACUACGUAAGUACGGUAUGCUCGGUUACAAACCUAUCUCAAUACCAAUUGAUGUAAAUGCAAAGCUUAGAAUUGAAGAAGGAUACAAGUUAGAAGAUGUUACUAUGUAUCGACAACUAGUUGGAUGUCUAAUCUACUUAACAUUGUCAAGACCAAUCAUUGCUUAUGCAGUUGGUGUUGUGAGUAGGUUCAUGCAAACUCCAAGGAAGCCACAUUUAGAAGAAGUAAAAAGAAUAUUAAUGUGUAUCAAAGGGACUCUUGACUUUGGUAUACUUUAUGAAAAAAAGACAACUUGUCAAAUUGUUGGUCAUCGUGACGUGGAUUAUGCUGGAGACUUAUCAACUCAAAGAUCAAACACUGGAUAUACAUUCAGUCUUGAAAGUGGUGCAAUUUCAUGGUGCAGUAAGAGACAGUCGACAAUUUCACUAUCUACAACAGAAGCAGAUCUUGAGACUUUGUCACAGUUGCACAACAAAGCUCCUGGUGGUGCAGCCAAGAAGGGGAGGGUGCACUUUUACGGCAGUGGUUUGGACGAUCUAAAUGAUUAUAUUCUGCAGUUCAGGUUGGAAGCGAUGGCAUUUCUAAGUGCAAGGGCGGAGGAACUGGUGACGGGAGGACUACUGAUUCUGCAAUUUUUAUGUCGCCAUGAAAGAAUGGCACCUGAUGUGGCAAGUUACGAUCUUUGGACUGCAUAUCUCGAGCCCAUUCUCAGAUAA